UUCCGCGCGGUUGUGACGAUGGCCACAAACACAAGGGUCUAUCCGAGGGUUCUGGUGUGUUUUAAUAUUCGACGUAUGGCCGUUUGGAGCCGACAUCUUUAUUUUUCAUCAAUUUGAAGCGUUCGAGUGGACCCAGCCGAGUCUGGCGGUCGAGUUGGUACAGUCAAAAUGGCGCUCGCUCGUUUACUCGACGCUGAGUUGAUCCGUCUGUGAAUAUUAGCCGGCUAGUUUAGAUUUUAAUCCCCGUAUCGUCGUAUUCCUUCGCUCGGAGUGGGGUCUCACUGGCCGAACACACGGCGGCGGCGGCCUCAUGUCGGACUCGGAGGAGGACAGCCAGGACCGACAGCUUAAAAUUGUUGUCAUCGGCGACGGCGCUUGCGGGAAGACUUCACUCGCCACCAGGUUUGCUCAGGAGGCCUUUGGGAAGCAGUACAAACAAACCAUUGGCCUAGAUUUCUUUCUGAAGAGAAUAAGCCUUCCAGGCAAUCUGAAUGUGACCCUGCAGGUGUGGGACAUUGGAGGCCAAACGUUAGGAGGGAAAAUGCUGGAUAAAUACGUGUACGGAGCUCACGGGGUCCUCCUUGUGUAUGACAUCACUAACUACCAAAGCUUUGAGAAUCUGGAGGAUUGGUUCACCGUGGUGAAAAAGGCCAAUGAGGAGUGUGACGUCCAGCCUGUUGUUUGCUUGGUAGGAAACAAAAUCGACCUGGAGCACAUGAGAACGGUGAAGGCCGACAAGCACCAGCGCUUUUGCCAAGAGAAUAGCCUCAUCAGUCAGUUCGUGUCGGCCAAGACUGGGGACUCGGUGUAUCUUUGUUUCCAGAGGGUUGCGGCUGAGAUUCUCGGUGUGAAGCUGAACAAAGCUGAAAUAGAACAGUCCCAGCGUGUGGUCAAAGCGGACAUCGUAAACUACAGUCAGGACAUGAUGGCCCGGACGGUCAACCAUCCUCGCAGUUCCAUGUGUGCGGUGCAGUGAGUCCACGCAAAGCCACCAGGAUGCCAUCUCAUCAGUCAGUCACUCAGUAUUUUACUCCCGGGCUGACUUGGUCAAACUGUCGUCUGUACUCGUGUGUGUCCCUCGUACGGCUCAACUGAAGAACAAAAGGCGUUAAUUUAGUGACAAACCACCAAUCAGCUCUCAUUUUAUUCCUGUGAUUUAUCUGCGGAUCAGAAUUUGAGUUCAUGGGUUAGUCUCCGUCGCUACCUCGCAACAACAACAGAAUGUGUUUUUGGUUUAAAGACAGAUGACAAGCAACAAGGUAUUACAACAGUUUGGAGACAUUUGGGAAUGUCUCAUGCUAAAAUUAAAUAGCGCUUUGUUUUCCACAGUAGACUAGUGAGCAUAAUUUGCAAACGACAGACUUUUUAAAAUCGCAUAUUUCUUGAUGAUUCCACUUAAAUCAUGCUCAGCUAUUAAGAGUAUUUCCUCUCUAAAUAUGUAUCUUUACGCACUUCAAUGGCAACAGUGUUGAUAAAGCCUUAGAAGAGAUGUUUACAUGUACUUAUUGCUAGUGAAGAGUGACACAUUGUUAGUAGUUUAUACACUAUAUGUAAUUGUUGACAUUUAAACAUGGCAUCCAUCAAAAGCUCCACCGUACCCAUCAAAACAAUACUAGAAGUCGUUAAAUGUGCACAUCUAGAUUUCCGCUAUGUAAAUAUAAUGAUGAUAACUUGCAUAUGUACAGUUUUAACUGAUGAUUGCUUAGCUGGUUUGUGUUUUUAAAUAAAAGGUUUAUGUUGAAUAUAAGAAUUGAUAAGUGGAUGUGGUUUCAAUUAGUUGAGGUAGCAAAGUAUUAGUAGUUUCUUUGCAAUCUUUCACUCAUCUAAUCCAUGCUUACUGUGAACUGAUGAUAAUGGUGAUGGAAGCUGUGUGCUGGAUAAGAACAUUUCAGACUAAGUAUCCGUGUGUUGAAAUUUAAGCAUGAGGGGCUGAAACAUGACCACUCCCGCUCCCUCCCUAUCCAGCGCGAGCCAAGUCGCUGGUGGCUAAUGAUCCACCUGGUCUUUGUUCUGUAAAUCUUCACUAAAAUAGCCACGAAAUCCACUCUGGACAAAUGAUACAAACACCUUAUAAAAGCUCGUAAACGCUAUUAAUUAACCACUAAAUAGCGCAGCCUUUUGUUAUAUGAGGGCUCUGUGUUCAAGCCCCUUUUUUUGCCCCGUCAGUGUCACUGAAACCAGUGGAUUAAGUGCCUUUGAAACCGCACAGAUAAACAAAACAAAGACAGUAUCUCUCCAACCAGGUGUUGGCCUCAAUGACGACUACAAACAGGGUAGAAAUGGUCGGCCCAGCUCGGGUCAUUCAAGCCCCAUGUGCAUUGUUUCGCUCGAGUGGACGUCUUAGGAAUUGUCUCGGCUGGAUUUUUUUUUUUUUUUGUCGAGAGCUGUCACCAGUGUUGACAGGCGAGAGUUGCCCUUGGCUUUGCUGCUAUUUGGACAGGUGUUUUUGCAAAGAAAACAACCGCAGUCCAUUUCCAAGCUCAGACCUGCACUAUAUUGUCGCGUCUACAGACGGAAGCAAAAAAUAUCAGCGCAGGAAUAAUGCUGGGGAAAGGGUGAGCCUUUGCCACCCUGGCGUGCUUGUCGAGGUUGGACGGCUCAAAGCUGAACUUCCUGUUUGCUUAGCGACUUGGUGUGAGGCAUUGUUGCUAAUGAACAAUGUAUCACAAAUGGUUAUCAUUCCUGGCGUAAAAAGUAAAAUCUGGGUAGCACUCAUUAGUCAUUAUAAUGACUUCAAAUAAAUAUUGAUCAAUUUAACAAGCGGCGUUCGUAUAGAAAACACCAGAACACGUGAAAAUAAUGUAAGUUCCAAUGCUAAUCCUACGACAUAAUGAAAUCAUCCAUUUUCUAUACCGUUCAUCCUCAUGAAGGUUUUGGGUGGGCAGCUGGGUACACUCUGGACUAGUUGUCAGCCAAUGCAAAAUGCUAAUGAAAAAAAUACCACUCAUCAAACAGGUCGGUACAAAAAAAACAACAACAACACAACUUAACAAACAGUUCAGGCAACCAGGAAAAAACCCAAAGCUAACACAACAAUUGCUCAAGAACAAAGCAAAAGUUUGUCUUAUUGUAUGUAUUAUUUCCAAAGUGAACAGUACAACUUGGGUAGGAUUACAAAACCAUUGACAGAUUGAAAUUGUGGCAAAGUUUGUGCUUACACGGCACACAACUCUAGUGUUACUACCGAUGCUUAUGCUAAUACAAAAGGUGUCCAGGCAGGUCUACCAGUACAGUAAUACCUUGACUUAUGAGUUUAAUUCAUUGACCAAUACAUACAAAUAGCACUUUAUUGUACAAAAACAUAAUACAACAUAAUCAAAGAGAACGUAAAGAAAUAAACUGGUUUUAUUAAAGUGUAAUUCCUGUAUGGUGACACAACCCAAGUCACAACAGCAGCUGUAGUGUUGUUUGUGGCCGAGUGAGUGAUGUCAGGAACAUGGCUGUCGGUGCGUGUUAGCUUGCUGUUCAGUGUGAGUGUCUUCUCCAACCUCUGCUAGGUUUCUCUUUUUAUAUUUCUUUGUUUAGCUGUUUUUACCAUUCAAUAAACGGCUGAAAGUGCA